AUGGCGAGGGGCAGUCUUUGUUUGGAUGAAAUUGCAUUCAAGCUUCCCAAAAUAAAUUCGUUUCAUAUAAAUUUUGAUGGAGGGAUUAAUUGUUUCAUGCAAUUUCUGGUUUCAGCAUCUUGUGUAUAUCUUACUCUCUUCUUUGCCAUGUGGAGCUUUACUUCUGGAUCCUUCUCGCACUGGAUAUGGGAAGCGGGAGGGUGGUUCACAAUCCUUUCUUCUGUAGCAAGUUUACUCUGUCUUUACUUUAUAUCACCAUUGAGAGUGAGGACGAGGGUCUUACUCUUGAUGAUUGCUGCCUUUUCUAUCGGUGCUUAUGUAGGCAUUUUUACCAAAUAUUUCUUUGAAAUAGAUCAAGAGCUUGUUUGCCGCCUUUUGGCACCUCCAACACUUGGCAUUGGAAAUAUCUGGUUUGGAUCCACGUUUACGAGGGAAAGGAGUGCAAUCUACAUGGGCAGCCUGUUCUAUUCUUCUCUUCUAUUUUUCUCCACCUUUAAUGCUAGUAAUUCAGAAUACAUUGACAGCCAUACAGCGCAUCGGAUGUUAAAGGUAUGCAUUGUGUUUGCAUUGUUCAUGGGAUACCUUGUGGUAUAUAGCCAAGAGAUAUUGUAUGAUGCUCACUUUGGAGAAAUUAACUUUGUCAAUCGCACACUCUCCAUCUUCUUCCGUUUACCGGGUAUAUUGUUCCAUGCUGCAAGACUAUGCCUGGGUGCAUAA